AGAGAGAGAGAGAGAGAGGGACAUAGUUUCACCAUACAACGGCUCACUCUACACGUCAGGAGAUGAAGUUGUGGCUACCACUUUUGUUUGCUGUCUGGCUGUCAGCUGUGAGCGGAAACAAUAACCACCGCGCCAACAACAACAACCACCACCACCACCACAACAACAGUCACCACCACAACAACAGGAGGCCAAACAUCAUCUUUGUCCUAGCUGACGACUACGGCUUCAACGACAUCGGUUACCAUGGCUCACAGAUCUCCACUCCGAAUCUUGACCAGCUGGCGUCUGAUGGAGUAAAACUAGAGAACUAUUAUGUCCAGCCCAUCUGUACACCCACUCGUAGUCAGCUCAUGUCUGGAAGGUACCAGAUCCACACCGGCCUCCAACAUUCCAUCAUUCACCCAGAACAACCCAACGGCCUUCCCCUGGACAGCCCAACAAUGGCGGACAAGAUGAAGGAAGCCGGUUACGCCACACACAUGGUGGGAAAAUGGCACCUGGGAUUUUACAAGGACGAGUACUUGCCCUGGAACAGAGGAUUCAACACCUACUUCGGCUACCUGGGAGGCAGCGAGGAUUACUACAACCACACCAAGGCCUACACAGACCACAAGAAGUACCUGGAUCUCCGUGACCAGAACGGACCUGUCCACAACGAGACUGGACAUUACUCUACUCAUCUCUUCACGGAGAAGGCUAUUGAUGUGGUGCAGGCUCAUGAUUCUAGUGAACCCCUGUUCCUGUACCUGGCCUACCAGUCUGUCCACGGCCCGCUACAGGUGCCGGAGAAAUAUGAGAGACAGUACAGACACAUCCAGGACGACAACCGAAGAACAUACGCAGGUAUGGUGUCCGCCAUGGACGAAGGUGUGGGCAAUCUCACCCAGGCGCUCAAGGACAAAGGUCUGUGGGACAACACCGUUCUUAUUUUCUCUACGGACAACGGCGGCCAAAUCUAUGAGGGAGGCAACAACUACCCUCUCCGGGGAUGGAAGGCCUCUCAUUGGGAGGGAGGUUUGCGCGGUGUGGGUUUUGUCACCGGCGGGAGGGUGCCACUGAAAGGAACAGUCAACCGAGAGCUGAUCCACGUCUCUGAUUGGUUCCCCACGCUGGUGGGCCUGGCACAGGGCUCCCUCAACGGAACGAAGCCUUUGGACGGAGUUGACCAGUGGGACACCAUCAGUCAAGGAACUCCCAGCAAACGCACAGUCUUACUUCACAACAUCGACCCCCUGUCUCGUAACCACGGCGCCCCUCUCUACAACGACACUUUCGACACCAGCAAGAAGGCGGCCAUAAGGGUGGGCCACAUGAAGCUCAUCACCGGAAUCCCAGGCAACGGGAGCUGGGUAGCGCCCCCUGGACAAACGGAGGAUGUCGUCUCUGACGGACACGUGCCACGUCAUAAGAACGUGUGGUUGUUCAACAUCACAGCUGACCCGACCGAGCACCACGACUUGUCAGACCAGAUGCCGGGCACAGUUCGGAAUCUUCUGGACAUUCUGCAGAGAUUUAACCAGACCGCCGUCCCUGCACGAUUCCCGCCUUUUGACAAGAACAGCAACCCAGCUUUGCACGGGGGAGUUUGGGGGCCGUGGGAGUAGUUUCCCUUGAUUUUUCCCUUGAUCUUUACUUAUUUAUUCAUUUGUUGUUGUUGUUGUUGUUGUUAUUGUUGUUGUUAUUGUUGUUAUUGU